GUAGAUCACGGCGCAGCGCGGAGCGGAGAAGAGCUGCAAUCAUGUCGGGCAAAGGGCCUGCGAUCGGCAUCGACUUGGGCACCACGUACUCCUGCGUGGGCGUCUUCCAGCAUGGCAAGGUGGAGAUCAUUGCCAACGACCAGGGCAACCGCACCACGCCCAGCUACGUGGCCUUCACGGACACGGAGCGCCUCAUCGGCGACGCGGCCAAGAACCAGGUGGCCAUGAACCCCACCAACACCAUCUUCGACGCCAAGCGCCUCAUCGGCCGCAAGUACGACGACCCCACGGUGCAGGCGGACAUGAAGCACUGGCCCUUCCACGUAGUGUCCGAGGGCGGCAAGCCCAAGGUGCAGGUGGAGUAUAAGGGCGAGGCCAAGACCUUCUUCCCCGAAGAGAUCAGCUCCAUGGUGCUGACUAAGAUGAAGGAGAUCGCCGAAGCCUACCUGGGCCGCAAGGUGCAGAACGCCGUCAUCACGGUGCCCGCCUACUUCAACGACUCGCAGCGCCAGGCCACCAAGGACGCGGGCACCAUCACGGGCCUCAACGUGAUGCGCAUCAUCAACGAGCCCACGGCGGCCGCCAUCGCCUACGGGCUGGACAAGAAGGGCGCGCGCGCCGGCGAGAAGAACGUGCUGAUCUUCGACCUGGGCGGCGGCACCUUCGACGUGUCCAUCCUCACCAUCGAGGACGGCAUCUUCGAGGUGAAGUCGACGGCGGGCGACACGCACCUGGGCGGCGAGGACUUCGACAACCGCAUGGUGACGCACUUCGUGGAGGAGUUCAAGCGCAAGCACAAGCGCGACAUCGGCGGCAACAAGCGGGCGGUGCGGCGGCUGCGCACGGCGUGCGAGCGGGCCAAGCGCACGCUGAGCUCCUCCACGCAGGCCAGCAUCGAGAUCGACUCGCUGUUCGAGGGCAUCGACUUCUACACGUCCAUCACGCGGGCGCGCUUCGAGGAGCUGAACGCCGACCUGUUCCGCGGCACGCUGGAGCCCGUGGAGAAGGCGCUGCGCGACGCCAAGCUGGACAAGGGGCAGGUGCAGGAGAUCGUGCUGGUGGGCGGCUCGACGCGCAUCCCCAAGAUCCAGAAGCUGCUGCAGGACUUCUUCAAUGGCAAGGAGCUGAACAAGAGCAUCAACCCCGACGAGGCGGUGGCGUACGGCGCGGCGGUGCAGGCCGCCAUCCUCAUGGGCGACAAGUCGGAGAACGUGCAGGACCUGCUGCUGCUGGACGUGACGCCGCUGUCGCUCGGCAUCGAGACGGCGGGCGGCGUCAUGACGGCGCUCAUCAAGCGCAACACCACCAUCCCCACCAAGCAGACGCAGACCUUCACCACCUACUCGGACAACCAGAGCAGCGUGCUGGUGCAGGUGUACGAGGGCGAGCGCGCCAUGACCAAGGACAACAACCUGCUGGGCAAGUUCGACCUGACCGGCAUCCCGCCCGCGCCGCGCGGCGUGCCGCAGAUCGAGGUCACUUUCGACAUCGACGCCAACGGCAUCCUCAACGUGAGCGCGGUCGACAAGAGCACGGGCAAGGAGAACAAGAUCACCAUCACCAACGACAAGGGCCGGCUCAGCAAGGACGACAUCGACCGCAUGGUGCAGGAGGCCGAGAAGUACAAGGCGGAGGACGACGCCAACCGCGAGCGGGUGGCGGCCAAGAACUCGCUCGAGUCCUACGCCUACAACAUGAAGCAGACGGUGGAGGACGAGAAGCUGGCGGGCAAGAUCGGCGACCAGGACAAGCAGCGUGUGCUCGACAAGUGCCAGGAGCUGAUCGCCUGGCUGGACCGCAACCAGAUGGCCGAGAAGGACGAGUACGAGCACAAGCAGAAGGAGCUGGAGAAGAUUUGCAACCCCAUCAUCACCAAGCUAUACCAAGGCGGCGCCCCGCCCGGCGGCCCCGGUCCCGCGUCCGCCGGCUCCGGCGGCCCCACCAUCGAGGAGGUGGACUAGGCCGCGCGGCAAGGACUCUCGCGGACUCUGUUUGGUCUUUUUCUUUUUUUUUUCCACUUUGCCCCCCCGCGGUUCACCCCGCCCGUGCAAUGCCCGUCUGUUCUGUUGGGUCUGUGCUGCCGCCCCCGGCCGCCCUGUGCCGAGGGAGGCGCGUCCCGGUUCUCGAGGUUAGUAGCCAGGUUUCUUGUUCUAGCCCUCCCGCGUUAGCCCCGGGCCUCCCCCGGCUGUGUCCCGCCUGCUCGGGGCCGGGGGGCGCCCGAGACGGCCGGGUUUGGCCUCUGGAAACUUUGGUACCAAAUAAAAAUUCUAUAUUUGAAGCGCAAAA